AUGGAAUUUAAGCACAGAAAGCUGAGUAGCCCAACCUGCGAUGAUUGCAUGAAGCGUGAUCCUAAUAAGAACUGUCCAUCAAUAUGUAACCAUAAACCCAAAAUCUUCAUAGUCGUCGUAUCGUCGUUGGCUGCAAUCGCUUUGCUUGUUAUUUGCGGCUAUUUUCUCUAUGUAAAGUACUACAAAAACAGAAGAAGAUCACCAUCACAACCACAACCACAACAACAUCUACCUCAUCAGGAGGAGGAGACUCUUCAUCAUCAUGAUCAUCAUGCUGAGUUGUUUAUUGAUGAAGAGCAUGGACCUGUGGUUGACCACCCCAUAUGGUACAUCCGCACCGUCGGUCUGCAACAAUCGCUUAUCAGCUCCAUCAGCGUGUGCCAGUACAAGAAAGGUGAUGGCCUUAUCGAAGGGACAGAGUGCGCUGUGUGCUUGAGUGAGUUCCAAGAAGAUGAGACUUUGAGACUUUUGCCAAAGUGUGAUCACGCUUUUCAUAUUCCCUGUAUUGAUACUUGGCUCACAUCUCAUACAAAUUGCCCCUUGUGCCGCGCCCCCAUUAUCAAAACCGGCGCAACAGAUGUGGCACCACCCGAGCCAUUUGUUGCAGCUGAUUCAAGUGAGCCAGCAGAGGAAGAAUCACCGGUCGAGGUUCUAGACAAUACAGGUGAGUCCAGUACUGGAGGAGUUGAAGAUGAAAUUUGUGAUGGGAUUAUUAGGACUACUGAAGCAGGGGAAGAUGAUAUCAUUAACAAACAGAUCUGUAUUAAUGAGGAGGAGGUGGAUGAUGAUGUGGAGGAGCCAAGAAGAAGAUCGGUUUCCAUGGAUUCUGCAUCAGCUUUGAAGAUUAGUCUUGCGGUUUCUAAUGUUGUUGAGGUGGAUAAAUCAAACCGGGGGAUUGAAAUUGUUGCCAAGAGAGUUGGGGGAGAUCAGAAAUUGUCAAGGCAGAAAGGUAGUUCUUCAAGAGGGGCAUCUUUACAAAAUGGAAAACAAACAAUUCAGAAGUCGUCUUCCUGGAAUGGCAAGUUCUCAUUAUGCAGGGACAUCAACAACUGUGACUCUGUUGUUCCACUGCGAAGCUUUUGA